AUGCCCCACCAAGCCACAGGCCGGCGUUGGUCCCGCCCCUUCCGAGCCCCGCCUUUAACUCUUUCCUGCCCAGCGCUCCCACCGGAGUCCUCAGCAGCCACGCCCCGGAAAGCCCCGCCCCCUAGCUGCCCGUCCUGUGUAACUACGCCCCUCCCAGCCACGCCCUGUUGGGCUGGGCGGGGUCGGCUUCGCGCUCCGCCCCAGUGGUCCAGCGGUUCGGAACCGCCUGGAAGCGUGGGAGAGCGUCUACGGGAGCUGAUCCCGCGCAGGGGCGCGGGAGUCUCAGCGAGGAAACAUGGCGGCCUUGACUACGGUGGUGGUGGCGGCGGCGGCCACGGCAGUGGCCGGGGCGGUGGCGGGGGCGGGCACAGCCGCGGGGACCGGCGUGGGAGCGGCGCCGUCGCCGCAACAGUUCAGCAUGACUCCCCCACCUCCAUCGUUGCGAUUUUUUGCGCCCUGCUGUACCUUUCCUACCAACUUCCUGAUGCUGCCGUUGGCCUACAGCUUCAGUGGUUUGCAAAGGUCACAUUUGCCUUUACAGGGUGGAUGUACUGCACUGUGUGGCAUUUAGCGAUCCCUGGAGACGUCUUCGGUUGUCACAAAGGGGAGGGCUUCUUGUUCUUUGUACAGAAUGAUGGUGGCUUUAGUGCCUCACUAAAAGGAAUUCGUCCUUUUCAGCUUCAGAACUGGAAGCAGAAGGUUAGUCGGACAAAGAAAGCAGAAUUCAUACGCACAGCAGAAAAAUUAAAGAACCAAGUUAUUGUCAUAGAAAAAGAUAAACACAGUCAUUUCUACAACCAAAGAGGUGACUUCAGAGCAGAGCACAGUAUGCUGGAAGAAUUGGAAAAUAAACUGAUAAACAGCAGGAAGACUGAAAGAGCAAAAAUCCAGCAGCAGUUGGCCAAGAUACAUAACAAUGUGAAGAGACUUCAGCAGCAGCUGAGAGAUGUAAAGCCCACGCCUGACUUUGUUGAAAAGCUCAGAGAAAUGAUGGAAGAAAUUGAAAAUGCAAUCAACACCUUUAAAGAAGAACAGAGACUAAUAUAUGAAGAGCUUAUUCAAGAAGAAAAAACAACGAAUAAUGAGUUGAGUGCCAUCUCCAGGAAAAUUGACUCAUGGGCUUUGGGUAAUUCAGAAACAGAGAAAGCUUUCAGAGCGAUCUCAAGCAAAGUUCCCAUAGACAGAGUGACACCAAGUACUCUUCCAGAAGAAGUGGUAGAAUUUGAAAAAUUCCUUCAGCAGACAGGAGGGCGACAGGGGGGCUGGGAUGACUUUGACCAUCAGAACUUCCUGAAAGUGAGGAACAAACAUAAGGGGAAGCCAGCAUUUAUGAAGGAGGUCGUCGAACACCUUCCAGGAAGAACCCCGGAUGAAGUUCAGCAGCAUGAGAAGUGGUAUCAAAAAUUCCUGGCUCUAGAAGAAAAAAAAAAGGAGUCCAUUCAAAACUGGAAAAGCAAAAAGCAGCAAAAGAAAGAGGAGCUACUCAAGUUGAAGGAAAAGCCAGCCACACCUCCGCCUUCUCACGGCAAGCCAGAAGAUAAUCAAAAGCAGAGAGAGGAACAGAGAAGGAAGCAGAAGUUGGCAGUUGAAGCUUGGAAAAGGCAGAAGAGUCUGGAGAUGUCGGUGAAGCAUGCCUCUCAGCUCCGAGAAGAGGAAGAGAAAGAGAGGAAGCAGCAGAGAGAGCGCCAGCGGCAGUCCAAGUUAAAACUGCUCCUCGAAAGUUACACCCAGCAGAAGAGAGAGCAAGAAGAGUUCCUGAGGCUCCAGAAAGAGAUAAAGGAAAAGACAGAAAGGGCAGAAAAAAGGAAAACCGCUGCGGACGAGAUUUCCAGGUUUCAAGAGAGAGAUUUACAUAAACUUGAAUUGAAAAGUCUAGAUAGGCAGGCAAAAGAAGAGGAAAAAGCAGAAAAACAAAGGCGACUGGCAAAAUUAAAAGAAAAGGUUGAAAAUAAUGUCAGUAGAGAUCCCUCUAGGCUUUAUAAGCCUACUAAAGGCUGGGAAGAACGAACCAAAAAGAUAGGCCCGUCAGGCUCUGGGCCACUUCUCCAUAUCCCACACAGGGCCAUUCCCACCUGGCGACAAGGAAUCUAGCAGGACUAUGAGAUAAUGCAGUUGUUAGUCACUUGAUGAGAAUGUUAGGAUAUUGCUAUUUCAGGAGCAGGUGAUUAAGUAUGCUAUUUAAAUAUCACUAGCUUAGUCAGGUUGGUUAUUGUGCUGUAUAUGAAUUGAGAGGUUUUAAAUGUCUUGUAACAUUGUCAGAAUUUUGUUUCUAUAAAGAUGGUAUAUGUUGGUCUGUAUUGAUAUGAAAGUUACUUAAAUAGACUUAUGUUUCAAAUAAU